CGCAAAAAGUACCCGCACUGGACCGGCCGACGCACGCGCACCUCCCUCCCCAUCCUCUUCCUCGACGUGGCGCACCUCCACGCCGACGCCGUGGCUCACUGGCGCCGCACGCGCUCGCCGACCGACCAGAACGCCCCGGACAUGGCGCAGCGCGCCUGCGCCUUCUUCGACACGCUCACGCGCUUCAUCCUCCCGCUGUGCGGCGCCGCCGCCGCCACGCCCGUGACCAAAAGCAUCUACCUCGUCGACGCGACGGCGCUCAGCCUCAAGCAGGCGUGGACGCUGCGGGAUUUCGCGAGGGAGAUCAGUUGGAUCCUCGCGACGUGUUACCCGGAGACGAUUGAGACGAUUUUUGUGUGCAACGCCCCCAGCUACUUCAGCACGAUCUGGGGCGUGAUGAAGAAAUUCGUCGAUCCCGUCACCGCCGCUAAGCUGGUGAUCCUGACGGAGGGCCAGGUGCUCCCUGCGUUGGCGGGGCUGGUGGAGCACGAGAGUAUUCCGCGGCAGUUUGGCGGGGGGUUCGAGGUGGUGCAUGGGAUGCGGGCGGAUUUGGAUGCGGGGUUGCUGGAGGUUCUGGGGAAGGAGAGGGCGGUGGUGCUGCCGGAGGGGCCGUUGAAGUGGAGGGAGGAUGGCGAGGGCAGGCGCGUGCUCGUGGCGACGGGGUCGACUGCGUCGGGGCUGAGGGAGGAGGUGGUUGCGGUCUUGUAG